AAAUUGACAGCGCAAUCGACCAUGCUGGUCCGGGCUUUCCAAGGAGCUUUGCGACGGCGGGCGGUCCUCCAUAAUUUGCGGGCCUCAGGCGCUCUUGCUUCUAUACCGUCUCGGACCUUGUCUGGGACGCCUGUCACGGAAACAGAUGAGUACACUAUAUUUCCACGAGAGGGUCCUGGGCUUGACUACAAGCUGAAUUGGUCGUUAAACGGUGACGAUGUCACGCCGGGAGGCAAUGCGUACCGUAACUUGGAUGCGGCGGCGUUGCAGCAGGGAGCGAAAGGGGACAAAGCGCCUCGAAGCGGGGCAGACAAGGUGUUGGAGGCAGGAGAUUCGGUUCCCUUCGAAACAUUUGACCUCCAUUUGGCGGAUGUGAAGGCGGCACUGGAGUUGCGUGGCAGCGGUACACCCCCUCUAAUGCCAUGUCCCUUGCUCCUCCUUGCCUGCUGGCCUUACACCCAUCAACUCAAGGAGAAGGCCAGCGACUUAUACGUCGAAGACGGGGCGGUCAAGGGUGGAUCCAACUUCAACAUUCGGGUCAUCACCGACAGCGCUUCGUACGCCCUGGCGGCCAAGGCGUUGUUGGAUCAGUCCAAGGUGUCCGGAUGGCCCUUCGAGAAGGCCGUGAACGUGUAUGCCGCGGGAGGAGCGAAGCCCUUCGUGGGCGUCAUGUUCGCGGGGGGGAAGGAAGGAAAUGUGACAGGUGCGACCGUAGCGGUGGGCGGCGCUCCUGCUACAGCGAUCAAGAAUGCGAUGAGCUUGGUCGCCGAAGGUAUGAAAGCUUGAAAUUUUGAUUUUGAAGGGAAGGGCGUUGCAAGGAUGAACGUGCCUCAAGCGGACAGGAGGGCUGCGGGCGCAUUAAAGGGGCCAUUCUGUUGGGCGGCUGGGUCACUGCUUUUUCAGUGGAUGGAAUGCGUACUUUACGCUGCUGAGAAGAAGCGAAGACUGCAGGGGACCAUGAAAGGAUAGAACGAAGGAUACGAUACAAGCAAAUGGAAAAAGAGGUCGCGUUCCCUGUGAGCAAGU